GUUGUGGCGUCAUCAGUAUUUGAAUGGCCCUGAUUGGUCGAUAGACCAUCUCCGGGAUUUUGGGGCGGGACUUGUGCUGCGUUCGCGGAAGAUGGGAAGUCGGGAUUUCCGAGUAGGAUCAUUCGGACUUUCCCCGAAUGCGGCAUCAGCCCCCAGCUCAAAAGAAACGCUCGUCGUUCAUUCAAGAGUGCGGACGUCCGACCGAACAAAUCAGCCAAGCUUUACUCUGCGAUGGCUGCACAGACGGCGCGUUCGCCCGGGCUUUCCCCCAAAAUAUGACUGCGCCUUUUGCGAGCGCCGGACGAACGGAAAGGACGUCGGGUCGACGAGGAGGCGUUCAAAGCUUCGACUUGUCGAGGUAACGACAACUGCAGCUAACGCGCCAUGCGGCGGGCCUGGCCAAUCCUGCCCACCCUGAUCCUGCUGUCGCUCGCGAGGGUCCGCGCGGCCCCGUGCCACACCUGCCAGAAACUGGUGGAGAGUUUCAUCAAGGGCUUGGAGAGAACGGCCAACAAGAACUUUGGGGGAGGCAACACGGCCUGGGAAGAGGACAAGCUGGCCAAGUAUGCGAGCAGCGAGACUCGUCUCCUGGAGAUCGUGGAGAGCGCGUGCGACCAGAGCGACUUUGAAUGCAACCGCCUGCUGGAGCGCAUCGAAGACCAGGUGGAGACGUGGUGGUUCCACAGGCAGCGGGAGGCGCCCGACCUGUCGGAGUGGUUGUGCAUCGAGCAGUUGCGCCUGUGCUGUCCUCGCGGGCGCUUCGGACCCGACUGCGAAGAGUGUCCGUCGGGGCCCGGCGGCGUGUGUGGCGGUUUGGGCCGCUGCGAGGGCGAGGGCACCCGAACGGGGGACGGCCAAUGCGUGUGUGACCCCGGAUACGCCGGCCCGCUUUGUCGUGACUGUGCCGACGGCUACUACGCGGACAGAAGCGCCAACGCCACCGACAUAGCCUGCGCAGCCUGCUUCCACUCGUGUAAGAAAUGCGGCGGGCCGCAGGACUACAAGUGCCUGGACUGCAAAGCGGGCUGGAUGCUUCACGACAACAAGUGCGUGGACGUGGACGAGUGCGGCACCGAGCUCUCCCGUUGUCCCUCCAACACGUACUGCCACAACACGGACGGCUCUUACGACUGCAGAGGCUGCGACCAGGCCUGCGUGGGCUGCAUGGGCAGCGGCCCCGCCCGCUGCAAGAAAUGCGCGCGUGGUUACAAGCUGAGAGGAGCCAAGUGUCAAGAUGUGGACGAAUGCGGCCAAGGCGCCACGCCCUGCCCGGGACUCAACGAGGCCUGCAUCAACGACUUGGGCUCCUUCCACUGCGACUGCGCCGACGGCUUCAUCAGGAGAGACAGCAUCUGCGUUGACAACAAAGCUCCCGCCGGUCCGGAGAAGGGCCUGUUUGACGACAUGACGGAGGACGAGGUUCAGGUCCUGCAGCAGAUGUUCUUCGGCGUGGUCAUCUGCGCCUUGGCCACGCUGGCCGCCAAAGGCGACAUGGUUUUUACCGCCAUUUUCAUCGGGGGCGUGGCCGCCAUGGCCGGCUACUGGCUGACGGAGAAGGGCGACGACGUGCUGGACGGAUUCCUGAAGGCCCGCUAGGAUCAUUGACACCCCCCCCCACUGCAUGUCGGCUCAGGGAGGCAGGCCUGCUUGCAGCUGCUUUGAAGGGAAACGCUUCAAUCAUGAGGAUGCCGGCCGUUUGUGUUGCCUGGAAUUGAUUUGGAAAGUUUGGAGCCUCAGACGCAGAACCAUGCGGCGCCGUUCCAGAUGUCACGCAUGUACAAAGUGCUUUUUUGGGUCAGCAAAUGAAGAUUCCUGGAAGGGCAGGUAGCAAAACGUUGAGGUCAAAGAAGGACACGGGAAGCCGAGGCGCGCUCCAUUUGCCUCACGAGACAUCCGCUUUGUUCGUGGCAACGGUAUGAAGCCCGCAAUCGAGUGUUUCAAGUGCGAGCGAUCAAUUUUUUUUGGGGGGGGGGGGUCACAAGCGACCAUUGAGGAUUCUGGCACAAAUUAGAUUUUUUUUCCCCCCGCGUUACAUCUGG